GAUUAUUUCCCGUCCUCGUCUGUCUUAUAUGCCUACCGAACCAACAUUUGCUAAGGAUUUUAGCAGGUUGAGAUAUAAAAUAGAAAGAUAUGGUACCUGGCACCUAUACUCCAAACUGCAGAUAUUUCGCCCAAUAGGUUUAUAGGACGCGUCCAGAAUUCUAGAGUACGUUUCCUACAUUUUUCAAAUAAUGGAACUAGUGUUGAGUGCUCUUAAUUAUAAAUUGAACGUGUUAUGACGGCACCCUUUGUGAAGGAAAAAUGGGAGGAUUUACUCAACGUCCAUGGACUCCAACAAAACGACGUGGCCCCAUAGCCGCAGAAUAUAACAGUCCAGGCCCAGCAUGUGUGUCUCUUCCAUCUUACAUAGGUAAAAAAACAUCGGAAUCAAAAAGUGGGCGAGCACCGGCUUUCAGUUUCGGUGCUAGACAUAAUGGCAAAAUUGACAGCAUCGGACCUGGUCCGGGUCAAUAUAACGUAACUGGUCUUAGUGCAAAAGGAAAAGAUACGCCGCCAGCUGUUAGUUUGCACGGUCGUCCCAAAGAAGCCAAGCCUGAAAAUUUCCCCGCACCUGGGGAUUAUGAUCCUGAUAAAGCCGAGAAAGUUAUUCACGACAACGCACCGCGAUAUACUUUUGGUUUAAAGACAAAUGUCGAAAAACCGUUGGACACACCAGCACCUAACGCCUAUAAACCACUUCGAAGGUCGAACGCCCAUCGCUAUUCCUUUGGGAAAAGAACACCUUUACACAGGUUGUCAGAUACUCCGGCACCCAAUGUUUACAAUGUACCAGAAUCCGAAAAAAAAUUGCAUGAACAUUCCCCAAAAUACAGUUUCGGACUUAAAACUCCAAUCGAAAAACCAUCUGACACACCGGCGCCCAAUGUUUACAACGUCCCAACGGCCGACAAGGUUUUACAUGAAAAUUCUCCCAAAUACAGUUUUGGAUGCAAGGUUCAGUUGGAAAAGCCUUCGGAAACACCCGCUCCCAAUGUAUACAAUGUUCCAAAUGCCGAUAAAGUGUUACACGAGAAUUCCCCUAGAUACAGUUUUGGCAACAAAGUUCAAUUGGAAAAGCCAUCGGAUACCCCUGCUCCAAAUGUUUACAACGUGCCGACUUCCGAAAAGAUCCUACACGAUAAUUCACCUAAAUACAGUUUUGGAAAUAAGGUUCAACUGGAAAAACCUUUGGACACUCCUGCACCCAAUGUGUACAACAUUCCGCCAGUUGUUGGUGACAAAAAAUCCGCACCUGCUUACACCAUAUCUGGAAGAAACAAGGACCCGGUUGACGAACGCGUAAAAAAUCCGGGUCCAGGCCAAUAUAACAACGUCAAUCCGGAAAGCUACAAAACUCAUUCGCCUGCAUACACCAUAAGUGGGCGAACAAAUAUUCCAGUUGAUUCCACAACUCCAGGGCCCGGAGUCUAUUCUCCGGAAAAGGUUACGUCUCAUCUAAUUAAUCCACCUCGUCAUUCCUUCGGUAUUAAGCAUUCUCCGUAUUUGGGGUCACAAAAUAUGUUUCUAAGGCGGGAAAAAACGUCGCUGCUUUUCUAACUUUUUUUCACCACAUCUACUAACAGGUGGAUCUCGAUUAUCAUCCUGCACACAGUUUUGGCAUCAGGCACUCCCAAUACGCAGAGCAUUAUUAAAAAAAUAAAGUUUUCAUCAACCGCAGUAUACGUUAGUUAACAUCGUUCACAAUAAUUAUUGUGAAGCAGAAAGCGAAUCUGCUUUUUUAAUUAAAAGCUCUCUAGGUACAUCGUAGUUCCUAAACUGUGCACAAUUAUUGGAUUUGCCAAGCUUAUGAAAACGCUUAUAAUUUAACCGCACUAUAAUUGCGAAAAGUUUUAUUCAUGUUGGUAGCGUUAACCCACUGUUAUGACCGGUUUUAGUUUAAUUAGACAAAGCGACUAAUUUUUGUUUUAUUGCCAUUUUUUUCAAUGCUCUCUAGCGCGUAAUCUACACAAGAGAACAACCAGCGAUUAUAUACAUUUAUAAUUAAAAUAACCAUGUAUUUGUCUUUUUUAUUAAAUAAAGUUUUAUAUAUUGA